CAAUUAUACGUUUUUUUGAUAUAACUUUAUAACUGUUGUGUAUAUAAAUGAAUGUAUAGUUAAGACUCUAGUGAACGGUGCGCCGCCCUUCCCGAGCCCCCCGUCGGAUAAGUUGUAUCCGUUGUUUGACAUCUUCUGUCUGAACGAAACUGAGGCCACAAUAACGACUGGAGUGGACGUUAAGACCAUCGAUGACGGGAAGAAGUCGUGUCGGGUCUUAUUGGAGAGAGGAUGUGGAUCUGUGAUCCUUACUAUGGGAUCCAAUGGCGCUAUUUAUAUGGACUCAACCGUUCACUUUCAUGUGGCCGUCCAGGAAAAGGUCACUCCAGUUGACACAACGGGAGCGGGCGAUGCAUUUAUGGGUGCAUUGGCUUACUAUUUGGUAUGCCAUCCGAACCUUACAGUCCAGGAGCAGAUGAAACGCUCCAUAUUUAUAGCCACCAGAUCUGUCCUAAAGCCGGGAACUCAGUCAAGUUAUCCCGACAAACAUCAAUUGCCGGAUCAUCUUUUUAAA